GUUUCCGAUUCUGUGUCUCCCUCUCUCUCUGCCCCUCCCCCGUUCAUGCUCUGUCUCUCUCUGUCCCAAAAAUAAAUAAACGUUGAAAAAAAAUAUUAAAAAAAAAUGACUUUGCUUCAUGGGCAGGAGUGGAAGAAAGGGCUGCUGGAGAUGCACAGUAGCUAUAGGAUUGCAGAGGAAGAGGAUGAAUGACAUUUAUUACCAAUGAGUGUAGAGUUUCUAUGUGCUUUGACUAAACUCAUUUUAAACAAUAUUCAUAUGAAUAUGUUGUAUUAGUAUAAAAUCUUGAUGAUAUGAGCAGGUACUGUUGUUCAGCUCUUACUGCAUGGUACCUUGAACCAUUGAGAAAAAAACCUUUGCGCAUAAAGUCUCUCAUUUAAUUUUUACAAAAUGUAUAUGAAGCUGGUUCUCUCAUUAUAUCCAUUUUUUUCUGACAAAAAUUUUAUACUUCUAAGUGAGGACAUUACAUUUUCUCACACUUGUCAUACUCUGGUUUGGUAGUAUGUUCACUGUUCUUGUUCCCCAAAGCAAUUUUUAGGAUUUUCCCCCUGGAAAAACAGACUAGCAAACAAGCAUGGACUAGUCCUUUUGCUGUUCAUGUCAUUCAUACAGAUCAUUCUCUACCACUCUUGGGUACUGGUGUCUCUCCUUGCUGCUCUUCUUCAUUAAAUGAUGACUAAGUUAAUGUCUUCCCUAUUUUUGGCCUCCCAUUACCCUGGUGUGAGACUUCAGGAAUCAUGCGAAUGACCCAUUGAACACUCUGUUUUCAUAUUCUUGAUUUCUUUCUUCCAAAUAUCCCUACCUCAUUUGCCCAUUUUCACAACAUAUCCUUGAACCUCUCUGGAGAUCACUGUAUCUCUAACACAUCUCCUAGCAUCUGUGCUUUACCUCUUCCUAUAUGUAUUCCUAGCAUGAUACUGAGAUUCUGAUCGUGUCUCAAAGUUGUGCUUGAAAUCUUCAGUAUCUCCACUUUCCACUGUUCUUUAACAUGACCUAAAAAUACUACUAUGGUUUCUGCUUAUGAACCAGGCUCAGUUCCUGAGUACUACAUCCCAAAUUUCAUGAUUCUUUCAAGUCUUUGGCAAAACCAAGCUCCCUUCCUUCUCGCCUCAGAAAUUCUGUAUCCUCAGCAUACUCCCAUACUUCCCUUCACUUUUAACCCAAUCUUCUGGUCACUAACUUGAGUUGGGGGGGCUUUUCCGCACUCCCUAGAAUUAGAAGUUCAUAUAAUAAGAGUAUUAUAUGAUUGUCAUACUGUAGUUUUAAUUUAUAACCCUUGUAACUGUUACUAGGUUUCUGUGAUCACAUAUAUAAUGUAUACUCUGUCACGAGCCAUGAUGACAAGAGUUAUCAUAUUAUUUGUUUUGUUUCACAUCUAGUAGUGUAUAUGGAUCUGGUAGAUAUUUAAUACAUAUUGAAUGACUUAAUGAAUAAAUGAGGCUUUGCACUAGCUAUGAAUUAAAUACAUGUUGGCUGGAUGAAUGGAAAGACUGCAAUUGAAGCAUUAUUCCAAAGGAGAAUGUGGCCACUGAGGUGGACCAUAAGUGGUGUAUCAGAGGUGGACCAAGGGAAGGGUCUGCUUGAUAUUGGGGAGAUAUUAUAAAGGAGGUCUUAGCCAUCUCAUUAGGAACUCUGAGAAUCAGUAUUUUCCCCAUACUUGCCAUGAUAUUGGGGUUGAUAUUCAUGGGCCUGUCAGUCUCUCAGAAGAGAGGCAGAAAGCUUAAGUCACCUGAGACAGGUGGUAUUUAACUUAGGUUGGAUCCUCUAGAAACAGACAUUGAGGCAGAGAUUUGCAUGCAGGAAACUUAUUGUGAAGUAUACUUUGGAGUGACAUCUGUCAGGGAGUGAGGGAAACAGGACAGAAAAUACAAAAAAGUUAAACUGAUCCUGUAACCCCAGCUGCCUGAGCUGAUUCCAUGGGGCUGCUCUUGGGCUGAGAUGGUCCUUCAGUAUUGCUUCAAAAGAGAGAGGUUCAGGUCUUUGUAUUUGUACUUAGAGUGGUUAUUGGGUAAGAGCUACACUCAGAAAGGAAAAGUAAUCUUGAAUGAGUCAGCUCUUUGUCCAAGGGAGAGCGAUUCAAUUGUGAGGUUUUAGCAGCCAACACUCUCAGCAGAUGGGAGGAAUGAACAUGUUUAGCCUUUAAAGAAUUUAUUGCUCUGAGUGUGACCUGUGUGAAUGAGAAACCUGAGCUUAAAGUGAAAUGCGGGCUUUCCUAGCUCACUGAGAAUGAAGCUGCCUAUGGCAGACAUCAAGGUGGACAGGCUUAGGGGUGAUGACCAACACUGGACAGAUGGGCCACCUGAUCAGGUGCAUGUGCCACUCCCUGCUCUGCCUCUCUGCCCAACCAGCUAUCCCUGGGGUAGUUGACUUAGCUCUGUGUGUCCCCAGCCAAUCUGGAUGCUAAUUUUGGCUCUGUCCGGAGGUGUCUGUGUGUCCUCUGGGAUCUGACAAUUGGUAAUAACAUCUUGCCUGCCCAAUACCUUAUUCACAGUCACCGGCCCUACCUUGGGGAAGUAGCAAGAAUGGAUGUGUCUUUCAUGGUACGAUUACAGAACUAGGUAUAAAUUUGUGCACUAUUUAUAGAAUAAUCUAUAUACCAGAACUUUAUACAUAUCAUUUAAUUAAUAUUUAUAAUAAGCAAGUGUGAUUUGUGUUAUUUGCUCUACAAUCAGAUGAGGAAAUCUAUACUCAGAUAGUUUAAGUAUCCUGCCAUGGUUUCAUUUGUAGAAUAUGAAAAGGGCAGAAUUUAACCUUAGUUGUCUGCCUACAAAGCUUGUGUUUAUCCCACUGUACUGUGAAGCCUCUGCCAGCCAGCUUAUAAUUAUCAAGUUUAAUAAGAAAUUGUUCUUUUCUUAAGACAAACCGUUAAGACACUGAAAAGAUUUCUGUAAUUAUGUAAAACAGAAAACUGUGGAUGAAGAUAAAAAGAUCACAAAAUAAAGUGCUUCUGACAUGACUAGUAUGUUCCUAAUACAGCUAAUGAGUCCUUCUAAAAGACAGUAGCCAAGAGCCUAUGAAUUUUGAGGGAUGAGAAAGUCCAAUUCAGAUAAAAGAGGAAGAAAGAAUACAUUAAAGUUACAUGUAAAAUAAAUUGGUGUGCUCGUAUAAUUCCAACAUUGGAAUCGUUCAAGCAAAACAUAUGUGUGGAAAAGUGCUAAGUAUAAGUCAAAUUAAUACAAAAGAUAGCCUUUGAAAACUUUGCUUGCCAGUCAGUUAUGAUAUUAGGACAAAAGGAUUUUAAUCUCAGAAGUGAUAUGAUGACUUUUGAAUUUCAGAUAUAUUUUAUAAUCCUCUGCCUUAAGAAUGCAGUGUGGAAGAAAGGGUUAAUGACAAGGCCAGAGGAUCUAAGGAAAUAAUCCAGGUGAUAAACGUUAGGAGUAUGCACUAGGCGGUGACCCUAGGGGUUGAGAAGAAUGAGUGGAUCAAAAGGGGUUGAAAUUCAGUCAACAGGAGUGGUGACAAAGUAAAAGGAGAUAUAAAAAUGAAUAAGAAUGAUUUCAGGUUUCUACAUUGGGUUAGAUAGGUAGAUAUAGUGAUUUAUAGAGAGAAGAUAAAGGAGGUAGAGUGUAUUUAGGGAGAAUAAACAAUUUGAUUCAGUCUUGAAUAUGUUGAGUGUGUGCUAUAGACAUUGAUGUAUAGAUAAGUGGAAAAUGGAUUUGUAUUUCAGAAAGGUAUUUGAAUUAGAAACCUAGAUUUGGAAGAUAUUAGACUAUAUAAGUGGUUUAAAUAUUGUAAAUGGAUGAACUCAAUCAGAGAAAAUGUAUAGAACUGAGAAAGGAGGAGAGGAUGAAGCCCUGGAAUCAAUAACAUAUAGUGGACAGAUAGAUGGAGAAGGUGUUGGGAUGGAGGACAUAGGAGGAACACAGUAGAGUGCUGUGUCGUGGAAACUGAGGGAAAAUACUUAAAAAAAAAUAACUGAUUUAUUGUGUCCAGUAAUGGCAAGAGGUGAUACAGAAGAUCCAUUCAAGUGGAUAUUCAAAAUUAGAAGUCAAUGAAUGGUAGUUUAGACAUCUCUAAGCAGCAUGAUUACUCUUACCUGUAAAUGAAAGUAGACCUAUCUUAAUUCAGGCAUGUGGAUGUCUCACCUUAAAGACAUUAUCUCAAGAACAGGGGAUUCUCUUCUUUGUAUCUCACUUUAUUCUUUUGUGUUUUGCUUUCAGGUUCUGUCUUCUCAUGAAGGUGGUAGCCAGAGGUAGACACUGUGAUAACCCCCCAGCAAUGGAGAAAUCAUGAUUUUUGUUUCUUUUCUCUCUUCCUUCUCUAAGCCAUUGACGAUGGCCCUUAGUAAUUCCAGCUGGAGGCUACUGCAGCCUUCUUUUUUCCUGAUGGGCAUCCCCGGUUUAGAGGAAAGCCAGCACUGGAUAGCAAUGCCGCUGAGUGUCCUUUAUCUCUUUGCUGUAAUGGGCAAUGUCACCAUCAUCUUUAUCGUCUGGACUGACCCAUCCUUGCACCAGCCUAUGUACCUCUUUCUGGCCAUGCUCUCUGGCAUUGACCUGGUGCUGGCGUCCUCCACUGCACCCAAAACCCUUGCAGUGCUCCUGGUUCAUGCCCAUGAGAUUGGGUACACUGUCUGCCUGACCCAAAUGUUCUUCAUCCAUGCGUUCUCUUCCAUGGAGUCAGGUGUACUUGUGGCCAUGGCUCUGGAUCGCUAUGUAGCCAUUUGUCACCCUCUGCACCAUUCCACCAUCUUGCAUCCAGGGAUCAUAGGGCGCAUUGGAAUGGCAGUGCUGGUACGAGGGUUACUCCUCCUCCUCCCCUUCCCUAUCCUGUUGCGGAGACUUAUCUUCUGCCAGGCCACGGUCAUAGGCCAUGCCUAUUGUGAACAUAUGGCUGUGGUGAAACUUGCCUGCUCAGAAACCACAGUGAACCGAGCUUAUGGGUUGGCAGUGGCCCUGCUUGUGGUUGGGCUAGAUGUCGUGGCCAUUGGUAUUUCCUAUGCCUUCAUCCUCCAGACAGUGCUGAAAGUACCAGGGGGUGAGGCCCGACUUAAGGCCUUUAGCACAUGUGGGUCUCACAUUUGUGUCAUCCUGAUCUUCUAUGUUCCUGGAAUAUUCUCCUUCCUCACUCACCGCUUUGGCCACCAUGUACCCCAUCAUGUCCAUGUUCUUCUGGCCACACUCUACCUCCUCGUGCCACCUGCACUCAAUCCUCUUGUCUAUGGGGUGAAGACUCAGCAGAUCCGCCAGCGAGUACUCAGGGUAUUCUCCCUAAAAGGAUGGAUCUGAACACAUCCCAGUUAUUAUUUUCUGAGGCUCCUGUCAAAGGUACUGCCUGGAGUCCAUGGCUGGUCUAAGCUAUGUGGGUAGAGACCAUUGCACAGUGAGGGGUCCUUCCAGUCCUGCUAUCUCAUGGCAAAGAACACCCCUGGGCACUUGGCUCCAUCACUUAUUGGAUUACUUGGAGAGCAGGAUUUGUGAUUAUUUUCCCCAUCCUUUUUUUUUACUCUUGAUACCAAUAUUUAUAUACUCCUUGUGGUGAGGGACUGGGAGAUAAAGUCAAUAGAUAAUAGCUCUGGAUAUGCCAUUUUUUCUGCCUUCACCCAAUGAUUGUGGAACAUUGUCUAGUAAGGGAAUGGGAAGUCCCAACCUUUGUCUGGUUUUAGUUUUAAAGUGUCUUGAACUUUCAAAAAGCUGGAGCUCUAGGGCACUGGUUUUCUUUGUAGUAAGAGAAUGUCUCUCAUAGCGUUUGAGAUGUCUACUAUGUGAGAAAACACCUGUAUUACAAUAUGUUUCUCAUUUAUUUAAACAGACCUAAGGGGGACAAUACUGUAAUAGGCUCUAUAAAUAAUAUGUUAUAAUCCCUAUUUUUAUUUUUUAUUUUGCUUAAAAUUAAAAAAAAAUGUUUAUUUAUUUUUGAGAGAGAGACAGAGU